GACCUUCAGUGUCAUGAUUGUGCUGCUUCAUUAGGUGGAUGUAAACAUGUCAUUGCCUUUUUAAUGUGGCUUCAUAGAAGAAGCGAGGAGCCCUCUCCGACAGAAGUGGCUUGCUACUGGGCUAAGAGCAAGUUAUCCAAAGUUGGGAGCUCAAUAAAGUUUUUAACUCUUCGGGAUCUUGGAGCUGAAGAGGAACUGAGUUCUGACGAGGAAGACUUACUUUUUCUACAAGAAGUUGUUAAGAAAGGUAUAGAAAAUACUUCGAACAGUCAGCUUUUGAAGUAUUUUGUCCUUAACGGCAUCAACGAACACCUGGGGCUAUAUCAACUUCUAUUGAAAUUUGUUGAAAGGCCAGGAGGGACAUCUGAUUGCACAGAAUUUCUUAAUUUCUGUUCCCAGCAAAUGACCGUCGAUCUGUGCUCUGAAGCUGCAAUCAAAACCACGGAGCAGUCUGCAUCUAGUCUUUGGUUUGACUUACGAUUUGGGAGAAUUACUGCAUCAAAAAUAUAUGAUGCAGCCCAUUGUAAAAAGAGUGAUGGUUCUUUUGUAAAUCAGAUACUUGGUGUUACAAAAGUUCCAGUAACCGAAGCGUUACGAGGGAGAAAAUUGGAAGAAGUAUUGAAAGGGGCAGAACAAAAAUUAAAUGUAAAAUUUAAGAGAGUAGGACUGCAGCUAAAGCCAAGAUAUCCUAUAUUUGGAGCCUCCCCUGAUGCUCUAACAGAUGAUUAUGUGGUGGAAAUUAACUGUCCACAAUCUGAAAAAAAUAUCUGUAACUACCUUACAAAAAACAAGGAAAUAACUGCAAACAAAGUUACAGAUGUUUUUUUUUGA